UAGCAGUUGGAACGUCGAGUAGUGCGGACGUCUCUCUCUUCGGUCGGUUACAGCUCGCGUGUUAAAGUUCCCCCCCUCGCGCGCCAACGAGGUUACCUGUGUGUGAAACAGUGUGCGUUUGGAGACCUCCGCAGGGUGUGGUAUUCCAGUUUGGGGCCGCGCGACCUGUUAAAUAAGCGUUUUUCGUGCGUUUUGGAAGUGAAUUUUGCCCCCGCGGGAUGAACAGUUUAAGGGUCGAGCUGCUGGUGCUCGUGGGAGUCCUGUGGCCACUAGUGGUCAUGGCCCAGCGAACGCCCUCGAUUUCGUACAUCACCCAGGAACAGAUCAAAGAUAUCGGCGGAACGGUGGAGAUGGAAUGUUCCGUGCAGUACGCCAAGGAAUACUCGGUCCACUGGAUCAAGACGGGUCGCGAUCGGUCGGACGUGGUCUUCCUGUCGACCGGAAGUGCGCUGGUACUGAAAGAUUCCCGGUUCGCGCUCCGGUUCGACCCGUCCUCGUCCAGCUACAUCCUGCAGAUCAAGGACAUCCAGGAGACGGACGCCGGCAUCUACCAGUGCCAAGUGGUCCUGUCGGUGACCAACAAGAUCACGGCCGACGUGGAGCUGCAGGUGCGCCGUCCGCCGAUCAUCUCCGACAACUCGACCCAGUCGCUGGUCGCGUCCGAGGGCGAGGCCGUCAUGAUGGAAUGCUACGCCUCGGGCUAUCCGCCGCCGCAGAUUACCUGGCGUCGCGAGAACAACGCUAUCUUGCCAACAGGUGGUGCAAUCUACACCGGAAACGUGAUGAAGAUCAACUCGGUCCGGAAGGAGGACCGCGGCACGUACUACUGCGUGGCGGACAACGGCGUCAGCAAGGGCGACCGGCGGAACAUUAACCUCGAGGUGGAGUUCUCCCCGGUCAUCACGGUUCCGCGGCCCCGCCUCGGCCAGGCCCUCCAGUACGACAUGGAUCUGGAGUGCCACGUGGAAGCGUACCCCUCGCCGGCCAUCGUGUGGAUCAAGGACGGCGUCUACCUGUCCAACAACCAGCACUACAGCAUUUCCCUGUUUGCCACGGCGGACGAGUUCACCGACAGCACGCUGCGAGUCAUCACCGUCGAGAAGCGCCAGUACGGCGAGUACAUCUGCCAGGCCACCAACAAGCUCGGCCAGAACGAGGCCAAGGUCGAACUGUACGAAUCCGUCAUCCCGGUUUGUCCACCGGCCUGUACCACGUACUACGGCGGCGAUGCCGGAGCGAUAUCCGUGUCCACGUUCCUGCUCCUGGUGACCGCGUUGGCAGCCCUGUACUAGGGACCCCUCGGGGAAAAUUCGCACAAACAGUAGGCCACGCCCUGCGACGCAACGACCGGCCAGCAAAAUCCAAUUAGAAUCCGCGUAGGCCAACCUUCCAACUCACCCCUCCCGAAACGCUGUGCGAAACUUUUGGAAGCAAUUUUUAACUACUAGAGCAAUACCGCUACCAAUCACCGAGCAGGAUUAGAUUCUUCUCGGCCAACAUCCAACAAAAACAAGUGUAACAUAAAAGAUUAACAAAAGUAGUGCUAUAAGAUAAGCGGCGACGACAAUUGAAGAUGACAUUUAGAUAACGAAUCUCAUGGUUUGCAAUUCCAAUUCCGUAACAAAAAUCGAAGCAAUAAGAAAAAAAACGAAUCUCCAGGAACCACUAGCAACCGUCCAAAGUGAGCUCCACCGUCCAAAUACACACACACAUUCCAACGACACAUUUGCAUAUUCUACUUUCAUUUAUCAUCUUCCGAGUAUUUUUUUUCUCUGUAAUUUGUAAGAUAAUGCGUCGUGAACGAGUAGAAAUUUAAAAACGAUUCAUUAAAAAUGCCACAAACAUUGGAUAGCAUAAUGAUAAAAAAAGAAGAAGUGAGUGAAAAAGAUGAUAAAAAAUGUGCAUUUUAGGUGAAGAUCGAUUGUCUUAAGAAUAAAGAAAGUUUUAAGAGAAAAACAAUAAAACAUGUUUUUUUAAUUUUAUUCCCAUGA